GUAUCUGCGCACAAUACUAAAAAAUAAUAUAUUAUUAUUAUUAUUAUUAUUAUUAUUAUUAGCCCAGAAGAGAAACUGUCCGCUGUGUGUCAUAGAGCUGCAACUCCUCUUCUUCCGACCUCCCCCGGAGAGAAAGACUGCAGAAAAUACUAAUAAUAAUAAUAAUAAUAAUAAUAAUGGCAGAAAGUGCAGGAGAAGAAGCGUCUGAACAGCUUACAGCCGGUCCUGCUACCGCUGCGGGAAUCGGGGUCACAGGCAGCGGUCCCGCGGAAACCCAGUUGGUGCCGAGCUUCGAGGAUUCACUGGCCCUGGGUACCGGUGACUCUGCGGCGGCCAGCCCGGGUCUGCUGGCCUCCGCUGCCGCUGCGCCUGGGCUCGGUGUCAUGAGCGGUGUUGGUUCCGUUGUGAGCGGUACCGCUGGGGAUGUUCCGCAGGCUCCCCCCUCUUUCGGUACCGCGAUUGGCAUUCUUGGCACGGCGGUGGGUACUGCCAUCCUCGCCCCCUCGUCCGGCAUCGGUUUGGGUCUCACCGGGUCUAACGCGCCGAACACGGCCGGUGGUUUGCACCCCAUCGCCGGCGCAGUGGCCGGAGCGGGUGUGCUUCCUCAGCUUCACGCCACCUUCUGGGACCCGACCAUUAGCACGGACUGGGACAGCGAGAAAGCGUCGCAGCAGUGUAUCCUGAGGAUCAAAAGGGACAUCAUGUCAAUCUACAAGGAGCCCCCACCAGGCAUGUUUGUGGUUCCAGACCCUCAUGACAUGACCAAGAUCCAUGCCCUGAUCACGGGUCCCUUCGAUACCCCUUACGAGGGCGGAUUCUUCCUCUUCCUGUUCCGCUGCCCCCCUGAUUACCCCAUCCACCCUCCCAGGGUGAAGCUCAUGACCACGGGCAACAGCACAGUGCGAUUCAACCCCAACUUCUACCGCAACGGCAAGGUCUGCCUCAGCAUCCUGGGGACGUGGACCGGCCCGGCUUGGAGCCCGGCUCAGAGCAUCUCCUCGGUGCUCAUCUCCAUCCAGUCCCUGAUGACCGAGAACCCGUACCACAACGAGCCCGGCUUCGAGCAGGAGAGACACCCCGGCGACAGCAAGAACUACAACGAGUGCAUCCGCCACGAGACCAUGAGGGUGGCGGUGAGCGACAUGCUGGACGGGAAGUGCCCCUGCCCCGAGGCCCUGUGGAGCGUGAUGGAGAAGUCCUUUCUGGAGUACUAUGAUUUCUAUGAGGGAGUGUGCAAGGAGCGCCUUCACCUGCAGGGGCAGAGCAUGCAGGAUCCUUUCGGUGAGAAGAGAGGGCACUUUGACUACCAGAACCUGCUGUCCCGUCUCCGAGCCAUCCAGCAGCGCUUAAAGGAGAAGUGUCAGAGUCAGGAGAAGGAUGUGGACACAGACUCAGACUCGAGUUCAACAGGGACUGACCCCGACAGCCAGGGCAGCUCCAAGCCCUAGGGAGAGAGCAAGAGAUGCCAUGUUCUAGCUUUUCCGAACCUUUUUUCAGUAGGAGACAGUAUUUUCCUUUCUUUGGAAGUGGGACCUUUGUAGUGAUGGAUCUAAGCUUCAGUACGGAAUUUGUUGAUUUCAAUAAAUAUAUAAAUAAUAAUUAAAAAAAAUAAAACUGUUCUAGAAAGAGAUGGGAGAUUUAAAUAUCCCCACACCCCUUUUCCUGGGGUUCCUAAAUGGAUCAAGCUGCCGACGUUCUAGAGUAUUCUAGAGGAUUCUGGACGAGAACGUUCUGGAAGGAGUCCCUGAGCUUUGUAGAGUUCCAGAAGCAGCUGGAAAUGCAGUUGGAGGAAGGCGCUGAUGUUUCUGCUUAUCGGUCUCUCUCUGACCUUUGUGGAAUACGGCACUAUAGAUGUCGGCGCUAAAGAAUCUGGGAUUCAGAACGGGACGAUGCAAAGCGUCGCAGGAGAGUUUGGAUUCUGAAGCGGGAUCGGCGCUCCAAGGAACGUGGCUCCUUUAUUAGACUGACAGUUUGUGCGAAACGACCCCUUGUGGUGGCCGUGGUGACGACAAGGAGGACGUGGACACAGAACCGCUCUGCAGAAGCGAGGGGAAGAAAAGCGAGACCUUUUCAAAUGGCACUGCUUUGUUUUUAUUUUGUUGAGUUAUUGUUGUAGAUUUUGUUAGAGUAAAAAAAUUAUAAUUGAUGCAAAAAAAUAAUUGUUCAUGCAACAUGUAAGUUCAAAAAUAUAUAUGUGUGAUUUUAUAUAUAUAUAUGUAUGUAUAUGUGUAUAUAUAUAAUGUGUUCCAUAAGUCUUGCAUCAAAGACAGUAUCAUAUUCCAGGAAUGAAACUAAUCAUUUAUGUUUUCUGGGUUCCCCAGAUGUCAUAUUAAUUGCUAGAAAUCCCCUUUCUUCAGAUGGACCUGCUGAUGUUUGCAGUCCAUCUGUAUUUUAUUGAUCUUAUAUUGAGUGUUUCUCUGAAUCUGCUUUGAUCUUGUCUGGAGAAUACUAAUUGCCAGAGCGUGUUGUUUAAGUCAUGCAACAGUGAUUGCAAAGAGAUGCUUUUGAAUUAUUAUUAUUAAUAAUAAUAAUAAUAAUAAUAAUAAUGUUCAAAAUUAAAUUGGAAAAAAAUUAAAACUAAGCAACAAAGACAUUUGUCUGCUUAAAUUACUCAGUAAAAAAAAAAAAAAAAACCCAAUUUCAACCCAACAUGUAUAUUAUGUAUUUUUUUUGCCUGUGUUUCAGUGAGCUUGUUACCGAGACACACGGUGGCUAAUCAAGCUCAUAGUAAAACCUGGACUGGGUGAAACUGCUCUGCAAGAGGAGUCUUAUUCCCAUCCCUGGUAUAAAAGAUGUAACCUCCCCCCCUCCCAAAAAACACACGCUUUUGAUACUAAACCAGCUAAGUACUAAAUAAAAUUCUUUGCAAAACAA